AUGGAUGGUUCGUUCUCGGUGAAACCGAGUCACGUCAGUUUCGAACCGAUCAUUCUCGGUGGCAACUCGACCCAGCGACUCUACGCCAACAACACCUAUGGUAUUCCCGUGCAUAUCACAUCGAUCGAUUCAUCGGAUCCGCGCGUCACCUGUAACAUGCUGGUGCAUACGAUUCCACCGCGUUCCUACACCCACAUUGCAAACCUUGUAUUCGAACCAAAGGAGAUCGCUCUCGAUGACGUCUCUGCAGUUUUCAAGGAGUUGCCAAACCAUCAGCAAAUCCUACAGUACACCACGUACGAUGAGAUCGACGAGUACUUUAAGCGUGAUGCAUUCUGGGCUGUCCGACAACAGCUUGUCGUUCCAUCCAACAUUAUCAUUCACACCAAUCUCCUGAGUGACUACACCAUUAAAACAAGUGGAGUAGUCAUUCCACCAAGUUUGUUGUCUCCACAACUGACAACAACAACAAGUACACAGACCUCCUCUUCACCAUUGGAAUAUACAAAUCAUACAACUAUUGAUUUUGGUUCAGUAACUAUUAGUUCACAAUCAUCAAAGGAUAUCGAGAUUUACAAUCCUUUGGAUAUUCCAGUGGUGGCAGAGUUGCUUCCGGUGGAGACAGAGUCGCGAAUCUAUCAGUAUCUCAAACAAAUUGGAUUUAAAACGACGACUUUCCAAGAUUCAAGUCCUAACCAUCAGCAAUAUCACCAACAGCAGCAUGGUAUUGGUCACGUGGCGAAUGGAUUCCUUCCGAAUCCCUUUAAGCUAAGUCGUGAAGCGCUCACUCCCAUCGUCAUUCCGCCAAAGUCCACCGCUCAAUUUGGACCGAUCCGAUUCCAACCAAACAAUAACACUGAUUUCUCAUCGACAUUGCUGCUGAGGAACAAUUACACUGUUUUCCAUUUGAUUAGGCUCGCAGGUCGGGGAGCAGGCGGUCGUCUCGCUAUCGUCGAAGACAACUACACCGAGUACAACUCGAUACUUCUCGAGCUCAACAAAACACAUCUCAGUCCAUGCAUCUUCAAGAAACACAACCAGGUCAAUGUCAAUUCAGAGAUUCUCAUUGACGCCAAGAAUCCGGCUAAACACGCUCAACACUCGUCGAUGUCAUCGAUGGUUGCCAACAACCGAAUUGAAGUCAGUAAAACCUUUACACUGAUGAACAAAGGCAAUAUGCCAAUCGAUAUCAAAGAUGUCUAUCUCAGUGGCGAUUUGAAAUGCAGUGGAUUCGGAUUUAGUAUUGCCAAUUGCAAGGAGCUUCGUGGUGUCCUGAGUCCAGGCGAAUCCAUCCAGUUCAGUGUUAGUUACGAGCCUGACUUCUCGACCUCACUGAUCAAGCGAGAGCUCACCUUCCGAACCAAUCAAGAUACAUUCUAUUUCACAUUGAUAGGUGCAAUGCCACACGACUAUCUUCCACUGUGCACACAUCUCCAGCCAUCUUUCUUCUAUGAAUAUCCAGCCAAGACUGUAUUCAUCAUCAGUAUGGUCAUUCUCUUCUUUGUUCUCAUAUUCCUUACCUUUAGAGAGUAUAAACCGAUUCGUGGUGUUAAAUAUUCAUUCUUUUCCAACAGCGGCAAUGCCAAUACAAACAACAGCAAUGUCAACAGCAGAAAAGAUCAUCACCAUAACAAUAACAGUCACUCACUUGGUAGUCAUGCUGACUAUCAUAUGUUGAACCAACACGACCAUCACAACCACCACCAUUAUUUGGACAACCUACCCAAGUCUCCCGACAAGUCAAACGUCGAGUUUGCCAAUAAAAACAACAGUGGAGCCAAUAAUACUAAUAACAAUAAGAAGAAGAAGAACAACAGUAGUAAUAACAACAAAUUGAGUUCCUCUCACGAUCACAAUCAACACAACGAUAAGCCAUCGAAUGUACACAUUGAUAGUAGUAGCAUUCACAAUAAGAAAUCGUUUAAUAAUGAUCAUAGCCAAUCGGAUAUCCAUGUUUCAUCAUCAAAGCAGCAAUUGAAACAAACAACAACAACAACAGCAGCUAAACCAACAACCUCAACAACCACUUCAUCGAAUCCAUCAACAUCUUCAUCAUCCUCAUCAACUAUAUCACCAUCUCUCACAGCUUCACAACUCUCAACUAUACCCAUAACAAUCAGUCAAUCAUCUUCAAUGUCACAACAAAACCUAACAUCGUCGACAUCUUCAUCUGCCUCUCAAGAUGACGACGAUACCACCAUACAUGAAGAGAUUGACGGUAGUUCAAUUGGAUCGUCACUCUCAUCCAGUCAAGAAAUUGUUGCUCCUCUCAAUCAUAUCAGCAACAGCAGUAGUGGUAACAGUACUCUUAUUACAACUAUUGUCGAAGAGGAUACAAUUGCUGCAGAGGUAACAAAGAUCAUCAACAGCAAGCAGUAUCAACAACAGGAUAGCAAUGCAGUAACAAAGGCAACAACUUCUAAUUUGUUUGAACAAUCUCCAACAAAGAAGAAGCCUGCCACUAAGCAUGAAGUUGUUAACAAUGACAAACCAAAGAUAGAGGUAGCUGCCACUUCAAAGCAACGACCAAAGACACAAAAACUUGAUCUAACCAACCAACCACAACCUUCUUCACCAUUGCUACCUACUCAACCAGCAGCAUCAGCAACAACAACAAUACCAACAACACCAACAACGCCAACAACACAAACUGAUCAUAAGAAGAAAUCAACUCUAACACAAUCGACACAGGCAAUAUCAACCAUAACAAACACUUUAACAAACACUCCAUCAAUACCAACAUCAACAGCAGCUGCACAACCAUCUACAACAACUUCAACAACUUUGACAACUACAUCAAAAGAUUUCAAACAGAGAGAACCAAAACCAAGAAAACAAUAUGAAACAAAACCAAAACCACAAAAAGUUUAUGUUCCAAAGGUUCCUCAACCACAACAACAGCAACAACAACAAACUCAACAAAACAUGCUAUCUCAACAACAACAACCUCUAACAACUUUACCAACUCAACCAAUUCAUAGUCUUGCAGCUUCUACAACACCAAGCUAUUCACCGUUGCUUGGUAGUAGUGGUGAUAACUUUAGCACAUUGUUUUCACAACAACAACAACACCACCAAUUCUCACACAACAUCUACAACCCAUUCUCCUUUGGAAUGGGCAACGAUUUACAUCACCACAACUCUGCCAGCAGUUGGCUUUCACCAAACUCUCUCUCACCGUUCCAAUCGCCAACCAACACACCAUCGACCUCAACCAACACCUCAGCAGAUUCAAUUCCAUUGCGAACCAGUACCGGUAGUAACAGUAGCGGUCAACAACAGAUGAAGGAUCACGGUGUCAUUGGAAGUGGAAAGAUGGCAAACAAGUCUUCCUAUUCGAAUUCCAAUAUCACACAGCAACUACCAACCACUCAUUCACAACUAACCUAUCGAGACUCAUCGAUCAACAGCAUCGCCAGUGAUCAAUUGAUGCUAUCUGAUUCCGAUCCAUUCUCCUGGAUCAACAGGAGUCUAUCUGGUGAAUCGACAUCAAGUCAGUAUAUGAUGCAAUCCACUCCAAAUAUGUUUGAUCAGUUUGCCACUCCAAGUAAUUUCCAAUCAUCAGUACCUUCAAAUUUGACCUAUCAACCAACAUACGAUCUGUUUAACAACUUUUACUUUAACCAACCACCACCACCUACUUCACCUACAACUCAACAACAAAAUAACAACCAAAACAACAACAACAAGCAACAACAACAAUAG